AUGGCAACUACCAGAUAUGAAAUUGAGAAAUUCGAUAGUAAGACAGACUUUGAACUAUGGAAAGUGAAGAUUAAAGUAGUCUUGGGACAACAGAAGGCUCUACUGGCCAUUACGGACCCUGCAAAGUACCCUGAAACACUCACUGAGGCAGAGAAAGAGACAAUUGAAGUAAACGCGUGUGGAACCAUUGUCUUGAAUGUAACAGACAAUGUUUUGAGGCAGGUUAUAAACCAGCCUACUGCCUAUGCCCUUUGGAAUAAACUAAAUGAGAUAUAUCUCAACAAAGACUUGUCCAACAAAGCUUUCUUACGGGAAAGAUUCUUCACCUACAAGAUGGAUGCAGCAAAGUCCCUCACGGAUAUUCUGAAUGAGUUCAAGAGACUGUCUUCUGAAUUCAGAUCAAUAGGAUACAAUAUUGGGGAAGAGAACGAGGCUUUCAUAUUGCUAAAUUCUCUACCAGAAUCUUUCAAAGAUGCCAAGACAGCCAUAAAAUAUGGUAGAGAAAGAAUAACAACAGAAGCAAUCAUAUCAGCAGUAAGAGUCAGAGAACUUGAGUUACAAAUGAGUAAGAAAGGUCAACAAGAAGGUGAAGGCUUGUUUUCAAAGGGGAAAAACAAGAAUAGCAGGAAGGGGAAAUAG